AUGUUUGUCGAAGCUGCGACCGGCGUGUACGUCAAGAGCUUCAUGGCGGAGUUCCUGCAGGCGCGGCUGGCCGCAUCCCUCGCCGCGAACCCGAUAGUGACGGCCUCGCCUCCCGCGCAGUUCUUCACCAUCAUCCUCGCCUGGAUCACCGGCAUCCUCGGCAUCGUAACGCUCAUCUACGGUAUUGGCGCCGAGGUCGUCGCGCUCGGCGCUCCUGCCGCGGCGGUCGUUGCGGGAGGGGCUAUGGCCUCCGCGGUGAACGACAUUGCAUCGAACCCGAUCGGCAUGCCUCGCGGCUCGUGCUCUCCACCGGCAGGAAUGUCUCCUGACACCCUCGUCGGCACGACGGGGAGCCUGCUCGGCGCCUCGGGCGACUCUGCGGCCACCCAGCUGCAGGCGGACCUCCAGGCCAACGGCGUCGAGCUGCCGACAGACAUCGGCACUUUUCCCGCUUUUGUGCCGAUGCUCAAAAUAGACCCCGGGGCGGCCAGGGGGGGGGAGACCAGUUCGCGCGACUUUGGGGGGGAAGUGGGCCAGCACCGGCACAGAAGACCCUUUUUCGGAGGGUCUCAAGGGUGA